AUGGGAGUGAAGCUGGUCUUUGUGACAGAAGGGGAAGCCCCAAAGGUUAAAGCCAACACAAUGAACAAGAGGAACGCAAUGAGAUAUGGAGCGACCAAGAAGCCAGUUCCAUCCAGACCAGGACGCUCUUAUUUCAAGUCUGUGCUGAAGGAGUGUCUGCGCAUGUUGGACUGCCUGGGUGUCCCUUGGGUUCAAGCAGCAGGGGAAGCUGAAGCAAUGUGUGCUUAUCUCAAUGCCAAGGGCUACGUGGAUGGAUGUAUUACCAAUGAUGGAGAUGUAUUCCUCUAUGGAGCACAGACUGUUUAUAGAAAUUUCACCAUGAAUGUGAAGGACCCUCAUGUGGAUUGCUAUGAAGCAUCUGUCAUAAAGGAUAAGCUGGGGUUGGACAGAGAGUCACUAGUUGCACUUGCGAUUCUCUUGGGAUGUGAUUAUGUUCCUAAAGGCUUGCCUGGCAUUGGAAGGGAAAUUGCGUUGAAAUUCAUCAGGUCUUUGAAUGGAGAGAGUGUGCUACACAGGUUUUACCAGUGGAGGAAGCAGUUUGAUGAUCCCACAGUUCCCCCUAAAUCUGCCAAGAAGACUGCUCACUGUUCUGUAUGCUGUCAUCCAGGUUCAGCUAAAGAACACCAGCGAAAAGGAUGCAGUUUGUGUGCCAGCGAUCGAUACUGUGAACCACAUGAUUAUGAUUACUGUUGUCCAUGUGAGUGGCAUAAGGCCGAGCAAGAUAAAAAGAACAACCCCUUGGAAUAUAGCCUUCAGACGAAGGCAAGAAAACGAGAAGGCUUCCCUUAUCAUGAGGUUAUACAGGAAUUCCUUGUAAACAAAGACAAAUUAUCAAAGGUCAUCCGAUGGGUUCGGCCCAGUCUACCAUGUUUCCAGAAUUUUGCAUUGGAGUGGAUGGAUUGGCCCAAGCAUUAUGCCUGCGAGAAGAUUAUGGUCCUUCUGACAUACUAUGACAUGCAAGAGAGGAAGGCAGGCAGGCAACAUGAUGGACAACUUCAGGCAACCAGAAUUCUAAAGACACGAAUCAGGAAUGGGGCUCCAUGCUAUGAAAUUGAAUGGGUAAAACCAGGCAGCUAUGUUUUUCCUGAUGAUCAUCCAGCAGAUGCUCCAUUACUGACCAUUGAGGAAGAAUUUCUAUUCACGGCAGCUUACCCUGAUAUUGUAGAGUUAUUCCGAAAGGACAAAAUGGAGGCUGAGCUGCUGAAACAGAAAAGUAAGUCUGGGAGAUGCUUACAUAACACACUAUAUUGUACACUUCUCUAUGUUUCCCAACUUAUCUAUGAACUGCAUCCGAAUAUCUCUCUCCACUCCUUGACUGACCAACCAUAUUCCUCACUAAUAAUGUCCUGUCUUGAAUGGCUUCUAGAAUUCUUUCAGGUAGUUCAUCAGUUCAUAAGGUUGAUAGCUCAAGCCUCAUUUUCCUGCAUCCUCUUCAUGUGA